AGUCUAGUUCGGUGACAUCAUGGCGGCAGAAGAUGAGGUUGGAAUUGUCGAUUUCGUCCUCUUGGACGAAAUUACACUUGACAGAUUUAUGGAUAAUCUCCGGAAGAGGUUCAAAGGAGGAAAGAUUUACACAUAUAUUGGAGAAGUAUGUGUUUCCGUCAAUCCAUACCGCACAAUGAAUAUUUAUGGCCCUGAACAAGUGUCUCAGUAUAAAGGUAGAGAAUUAUUUGAAAACCCACCUCAUAUUUUUGCUAUUGCUGAUGCUGCUCAUAAGGAGAUGAAACAGCAAGGUCGUGAUACAUGUAUAGUCAUCAGUGGUGAAUCAGGAAGUGGCAAGACAGAAGCCUCCAAGAUUAUAAUGAAAUACAUUGCAGCAGUGACAAAUAUUGGUGGGCGACAAGAGGUUGAGAGGGUAAAGAAUGUUCUCCUUCAGUCAAAUACAAUUCUGGAAGCAUUUGGCAAUGCGAAAACAAAUCGUAAUGAUAACUCUUCUCGAUUUGGCAAGUACAUGGACAUAAACUUCGAUUUCAAGGGUGAUCCUGUAGGAGGUCAUAUUAGCAAUUAUCUUCUUGAGAAGUCUCGUGUCGUCCUACAGCAAAUUGGGGAACGGAAUUUUCAUUCAUUCUACCAGCUUUUGAGAGGCUCAAGUGAAUCUGAAUUAAAAACCCAUCAUUUGUCUCGUGACCCUGAUGCCUAUUUUUAUACUCGGCAAGGGAAGUCAUCUAAAGUUAAUACCAUCAAUGAUGGGUCUGACCAUAAAGAUACAAAUUCCGCAUUCAGGACACUUGGCUUCUCAGCUUCAGAAAUGGACACAAUAUGGAAUAUUGUAGCUGCCGUUCUCCACUUGGGAAAUGUAAUGUUUAAAAGCCAGGAAGAGGCUACUCAACCAGCAGAUAGCAGUGUUAUAAACAGAGUUUCAGCCAUGCUGAGUGUAACUUCAGGGGAGCUUAACAAAGCGCUAAGUGGGCGAGUCAUUGCAGCCCGUGGUGAAGUCAUGCAGAAAACACACACACUACCCGAAGCAGAGUAUGGAAGGGAUGCCCUGGCCAAGGCUGUGUAUGACAGACUGUUCACAUGGAUAGUUGGGAAAAUUAAUGCUGCAUUGAAUGUGCAAGGUGAAACUGGAAAGAAGUCAUACAUGGGAACAGUAAUUGGUGUUCUGGACAUUUAUGGAUUUGAAAUCUUUGAUGCCAACAGCUUUGAACAAUUUUGUAUAAACUACUGCAAUGAGAAACUGCAACAGCUUUUCAUUGAACUUGUGCUGAAACAAGAGCAGGAAGAAUAUCGUCGUGAAGGCAUUGAAUGGAAAAACGUUGAUUUCUUCAACAACCAGAUCAUUUGUGACUUGGUGGAGCAGCCUCACAAGGGUGUCCUUGCAAUCAUGGAUGAAGCUUGCCUCAAUGUUGGAAAAGUUACUGAUGAGAUGUUGCUAGAGGCCAUGGACAAGAAGUUGGCCAACCAUAAACAUUAUACAAGCAGACAACUGAAUCCCAUGGACAAAGAGCUGAAACACAAGGAGGAAUUUAGAAUCAGACACUAUGCAGGAGAUGUAGUAUACAACAUCAAUGGAUUUUUGGAUAAAAACAAGGACACGCUGUUCCAAGACUUCAGACGCCUUUUGUACAAUUCAUCAAAUAAGAUCAUCAGUAAUAUGUGGCCAGAAGGAGCUAUGGACAUUACUAAGACAACAAAGCGUCCUCUGACAGCAGGAACAUUAUUCCGCAAUUCCAUGAUUGAUUUAGUCAAGACCUUGACUAGUAAGGAGCCAUUCUAUGUGCGUUGCAUUAAGCCAAAUGAAGUAAAAUCUCCAUCACUGUUCGAUGAAGAAAGAGUCAAACAUCAGGUGUGCUAUCUUGGAUUGGUUGAGAAUGUUCGAGUCAGGAGAGCUGGAUUCGCAUACCGACAGCGCUAUGACAAGUUCCUUAAAAGGUAUAAGAUGAUAUCACAGUUUACAUGGCCCAACUUCAGAGCGGGAUCAGAUAAAGAUGGAACUCGUGUGCUGAUCGAGGAACGAAAAUUUGGGCAUGAUGUCAAGUAUGGAAAUACAAAGAUUUUUAUCCGUUCCCCUGCGACACUAUUUGCUCUUGAAACGGCCCGCAGUGAGCUGAUUCCUGGUAUUGUAAUACUCCUACAGAAGCUUUGGCGUGGCACUCUGUGUCGCAUACAAUACAGGAAAAUGAAAGCUGCUCUGUAUAUAAUGAAGUACUAUCGGCGAGCCAAGAUCCGUAAAUAUCUGGACCAACUGCAGCGUGCUUUCAGAGACGUGGAGAAAAUGCGUGAUUAUGGCAAGAGUGUGACCUGGCCAACACCUCCCCUGGCCAUCCAACCUGUGGUGGGCACGCUGCGAGCUAUUCAUGCUCGCUGGAGGGCUUGGAUGAUUUUGCGUGCUGUUCCACGUGAUGAAUGGCCUCAGCUUAGGCUGAAGAUGUGUGCAGCAUCAGCAUUGAAAGGCAAGCGAUCAGCAUGGGGCCAGAACAGAAAAUGGGAGGGGAAUUAUCUGGCCCAACCACAGAACAAUCACAGCUGUGAAGCAUUCCUCGCCAGCAUAAACAACCUCCGCAAUGUUGACAAAUUCCAGACGGUGUUGUUUUCAUCAUACAUCCAGAAAACAAAUCGGUUCAAUAAGUGUGCAGAUAGAGCACUUCUAAUCACUGACAGUAACAUCUACAAGCUAGAAACAAAGAAGUUCAAAGCCAUGAAGAAAGGCUCACCAAUUCAGGAGGUAACAGGACUGAGUUUAAGCCCAGGCAGAGAUCAGUUGUUGGUGAUCCACUCGAACAAGGGUAAUGACCUAGUAGUGGCCCUCAACCCUGAACCAUCACAUGAGGACCGAGUGGGAGAAUUGGUUGGGGUCUUAUGCCAUCGUUAUCAGCAGCUGCGUAACAUGGAACUGAAAGUGACGGUUAGUAGCCAGUUUCAUUGCAUGCUUGGAAACAAGAGCAGACCCCUCCACAUAGAGGUGUCACCUGAAACACAGGUAGCCAACUUCCGGCCUGGAAAUGGGACAACUAUUGUAUAUGCCGUUCCAACAAGCUAUGCCCUAGGUGAUCAAAAUGGACAGCAGUACAACCACAAAAUUGGACGGAAGGCAUGAGAAGGUAUUUUAGUAUCCAGUGGCAUUUAUACCAACAAUAUAUAUUGCCACUGUUAAGUACAAGAGCAGAGAAUGAAAGUAAAGGUCACCAAAAUAUGCUAUCCUUUCCCAGCAGAUGAGGCAAUAGAAUUUUUCCUUGUUGUUAGUUUGUUAAAGUCUUUUUUUUUAACAGUGCAAUUCUGGCAUUAUUGAAGCAGUAACUGCAGUUUGGUAUAUGAUAACUAAAGUUUAUUCCAGCAAUUACAGGAUGUAUUUUUUCUGAAAUACUGCCUUUUCUGAUGCUAUUAGCAUAUUAUCGCUGCUUAGAAGAAAGUCAGUGUAUGUAUCCUAUGCAAAGUCAAGACAAUUGGUAUUGUUAUUAUUAAGAUAAGUGUGUGAAUAUUCAGAGUAACAGAAAGACAACUAUUCUGUCUACAUUUCGCAGAGGCUGUGUCCAACUUUCUGCCCCUUGAUCUCUGAUAUGGAAACAGUUGAAUUCUUGUACCUGGUUUUUCUUCUUAACUCUUUGACUGGCGUGAAGGGUAUUUAAAUGCCACCCCUGUCCUGGCAGACCCUUUAAGCCUUAAGUCACUAAAAUGCAUGCAUUUACUUUUUUUUAAGUAACUUCAACAAAAAUUGGUUUUUAAAAACGAAAUUUUCAGGAACUAAUAAAAAGACAAUAUUUUAUGCAAAAAAUGUUUUUCAAUACCUUUUUAAUAGUUUUUCUUCGUGUGAUAAACAUUGAAACAUGAAAGUUUGCAGAAGGCCACAUCACAGCUUGCACACAUGACACUUGUUUCUUUUCUAAUCUUGUGCUUAGCACACACACGACACUUUCUCAUGGCACCAUUCUUCUUAUUGUUACUGGGAGGAACAUGGAUCAUUUUGUGUAUUUUUAGGCCACUCUCUAGACGAUUUGCUGGGUCCUUCACUGGUGGUCUUUUCAAGGUCGCGGGCAGAGGCGUGACUGCAGUCAAGUCUGAAGCAAUAGAUUCGUCAUCCACUUCAUUCCUUGACUCUUCUCCCUCUCCACACUGUUUGUUUGGUUCUGUCAUU